AUGUCUUACAACAACGACUCCGAUAGCUACGGUAGCCGUAACCAGAGCUCCGGCUAUGGCGGCAACGACAGCUACGGCAGCAGCAACAACAACAACGACAGCUAUGGCAGCUCGAACAAUGACAGCUACGGCAGUAGCAACAAGUCCAGCUCCGGCCGUGAUAAUGACAACAGCUAUGGCAGCAGCAACAACGAUAGCUACGGCAGCUCAAACAAUGACAGCUAUGGCAGUAGCAACAAGUCCAGCUCCGGCCGUGAUAAUGACAACAGCUAUGGCAGCAGCAACAACGAUAGCUACGGUAGCUCAAACAAUGACAGCUAUGGCAGUAGCAACAAGUCCAUCUCUGGCCGUGACAACGACAACAGCUAUGGAAGCAGCAACAACGACAGCUACGGCAGUAGCAACAAGUCCAGCUCUGGCCGUGACAACGACAACAGCUAUGGAAGCAGCAACAAUGACAGCUACGGCAGCUCCAACAAUGAUAGCUACGGCAGCAAGUCCAGCUCCGGUCGCGACAACGAUAACAGCUAUGGCAGCAGCAACAACGACAGCUACGGCAGCUCCAACAAUGACAGCUAUGGAAGCAAGUCCAGCUCCGGUCGCGACAACGAUAACAGCUAUGGCAGCAGCAACAACGACAGCUACGGCAGCUCAAACAACGACAGCUACGGCAGCAAGUCCAGCUCCGGUCGUGACAAUGACAACAGCUACGGAAGCAGCAACAACGACAGCUACGGCAGCUCAAACAAUGACAGCUAUGGAAGCAAGUCCAGCUCCGGUCGUGACAAUGACAACAGCUACGGAAGCAGCAACAAUGACAGCUACGGCAGCUCCAACAAUGAUAGCUACGGCAGCAAGUCCAGCUCCGGCCGCGACAACGACAACAGCUACGGCAGUGGAAACAACAACAGCUCCUACGGCAACAAUGACAACAGCUACGGAGGCAGCAGCCGUAAUGACAACUACUAG